UGUUUAUACAUUUGAUUCAUAACCAGUUCAGUUUUAGCCUUCAAGUUAACUAAGAAAGAUGAAGAGAGAAGGUCGCCAGCACGGUUUAGUCCGUACCUACCCACUUUGUGCAUCCGAAUUCGACCGGAGGCCCCAGCCCAGAUACAACCGCACCAAUUCACCUCCCACUGCCGGCUUGUUCAUUAAGGUCUCCACUAAGCCCACAAACCACUCCAAGUUCACCGGGAAAUGUGGCAAGCCCAGAUGCUCUGGCUGUCACCUUCACCCAGUUUGUAAAUCCAAGGUCAAAUCUAAGGGCACACAGAAAAUCCGGUCGAUCACGAACGGAGUAUCCUCAAACAAUUAUGGGUUAUCGAGCACCGUGAUUUUGGAUCAUUUGGCUAACGAAUAUUAUGAUGAUGAUAAUGAUCAUAUUCAUCCGGAGGAUGAUAUUAAUGUAACUGAUGAACAAGAUGAUCAGGAAGACUGGUGUUUGGUUUAAGAGUAAAUCAUCUACAGGCCAUUCAUGAAUCAUGAUUAUGAACAAGAUGAUAAAGUUUGAUACAAUUGACUCGUUUCUGCAAUUUAUGUCCAAA